AGAAGCGCCGCCAGGCAGCAGGACUGCAGCAAACACAGCAGUCUCAGCCUCAUGCUUCGUCCUGGUCACUUCUCCUGCUCCUGUCCGCUGUCGAAAACAUUGUGACACUAUUUAUUUCUCAUUAUUAUUUUUUAAUUAUUCAGUGACAAACAUAAGAAGUGAAGGGGCUGGCAGCAGGGGGCCGAGUCAUGGAGCUCUACUGCCUGGAGUCGGACGCAGCCGUGAGAGCCCAGCCUGACCCAAACAUCCUCUAUGAUGACAGAGUGCUGCAAAGUUUAUUAACUAUCGAGGACAGGUUUUUACCGCAGUGCUCGUACUUCCAGCGGGUCCAGAAGGAUAUUCAGCCGUAUAUGAGACGAAUGGUCGCAGGCUGGAUGCACGAGGUGUGUGAAGAGGAGAAGAGUAAUGAAGACGUCUUUCCUUUAGCCAUUAAUUAUUUGGACAGAUUUUUAGCAGUGAUGCCCACAAGAAAGAAUUAUUUGCAGCUUCUGGGAGCUGUGUGCAUGUUUCUGGCCUCCAAGCUAAAGGACUGCAGGCCGCUAUCAGCAGAGAAACUUUGCGUGUACACAGACAACUCCAUCACACCACGGGAACUGCUGGACUGGGAACUGGUUGUACUGGGAAAGUUGAAGUGGAACAUGGCCUCGGUUAUCCCCAAUGACUUUAUAGAGCACAUCAUUCGCAGGCUGCCCCUUCCCAAAGACAAGCUGGUGAUGGUGCGCAAACACACGCAGACGUUCAUCGCCCUUUGCGCCACAGAUGACCGCCUCGCCAUGAACCCUCCUUCCAUGAUUGCCACUGGCAGCAUGGGAGCUGCUGUCUGUGGCCUGCAGCUGGACCACAAUGACCAGAGGCUGAGUCGAGACAACCUGACAGACCUGCUGGCCAAGAUCACCAACACCGAGGUGGAUUGUUUGAGGGCGUGCCAGGAGCAAAUAGAGCGUGUGCUGGCCACCAGCCUGCAGCAGGGGCAGCAGUACCCGCGGGAGACCGGCGUCAGAGCCGGCAACAAGGCGAGGGAGCAGCAAGACCAGUCCAGCACCCCCACAGACGUGCGUGAUGUCAACUUAUGAACUCCCAUCGUCACCUGACUCAUACAGCACUCAUGCCUGCCUACCAAUGAACUGACGGGAGUGAGGGAGCCUGAGCUGCCAGUAUCUACGUCAGGUCGCCCCUCGAGUGAUGGUGUGACAAUCUAUGAACUUUUAGAAAUUAAGAAAUUUCUAGUUUUUCUCCUUUUUGCCCCAUUCACACCUGGUUGGGUGUACUUUCACCUUUUGUACGGGCCACAUGUAAUCCAACAAGCUAUUUAAAACAAAAAACAAAAAAAGGUAAAUUCUUGAAAACUUGAUAGUGCCUUAGGUUCCUCGAGUGGAAACCUGAAUAUAUUUUCAUACUUGAAAAAAAAAAACAGCAUAAUUAUAUGAAAUAUACAUUUUUUGAUACAACCUAGCAAAAAUAAAUAUGAUAAUGUAUAUUUAGCUAGCAUUUAGUUAUGUUAUUCUUUAACCAUCUUUAGUAAACAGUUAUCAAUUUACAGUUUUAAUGGGAUUUUCCUUGUCUGAAAAUCCGUAUAGCGGUGAUUGAAAUGCUGAUAAUACAGUACACGCCAAUUAUACUAAGCUGAUAUCCAGCCAGAGGAGCGCUACUGCAGCUAGCGACUCCAUCUAUCAUACUGUGCACCUGUAGCACUGCUUUCUAUUUAUGCAGAAAAGUGCUGGCUAUGAGUGGGCUGGGCCUGCUCACAGAGGAAGGACAUGAAGAUGGUUUGAGGUCUGGAGCAGUGGCUUCUGUCUGAAAACGUCUCGAUUCCGCUGCGAACUCCACAGACCGGAGUGUUAACAGGACUGUAUGUACAUGUAUUUGAAUUCAGCAAGGCUACAUUGUUAUUGUACUUUUUUUUGGUGUAGCUCAUACAUGUUAGAGAGCGGUUUAGGAGUGUUUAGUUGUUAGUAUGGAGGGGAUUUUAGCCUUGGCGAAGUAGUACCGAUGUCACGUUACUAGAGAAAAAAGGAGAUUUGGCAAGUUUUUACCAAGUUUGAGAGGAAACGUAAGCAGGUUGAAGGGCUUCCAGAGAGGUUUUUGGAAAAAAAAAAAAGAAGGAAUGUGGAAAGUGGUUGGAAAAUGCAAGAAGUCUGGGUUGAUGAAUGGCAAUGAAACAGUGAGUAAGUUCAUUUUAAGCUUUAUAAUGUUUCUGCGGUUGCACGAAACUUGAGUGACACACAGGAGGAGGUAUGAUCCCUGGUGAUGUCCAGGGGAUCAGUUUGGGUGUGCUGCAGUUUCUCCUGUUAUCAAUUUUAUCAUUUAACUUGUUGCAGAGAGGGCGACUUGGAACAAUAUCGAUGCACUUUUAAAACACACUCCUUAAGAUUGGUAAGGGGAUGAUGGUUGAGGAGAGUUCAGUGGUUUUUGGGGUCUUUUUUUUUUUUUUUUUUUUUUUUUUUUUUUUUUUAGUUAUUUUUUUCUUUUUUUUUUUUGUUAGUUUUUCUUUAAGUUAUUUGAUUUUUUUCUGGGCUGGAUUCCCAUGGGGGUAACGCACGUUGUCUUGAAAGCUACGCCCCUACAGGUGAGUAGACAAUAGAUAAUCGGUGUUAUAGUAUAAUAGUAUAUAAACUAAGAAAGCCAAGUCACGUGUAGACUUCAGUGCGAUUAUUUAACCUUGAACUUGAAUUUUUUUUUUUUUUUUUAAUUCAUAGCCACCCCUCCCAAUAGUUCUUUCAAAAAGUUACAUACUGUGUCCUGCAUAUUGUUGUUCAUGUUUUGUUCUUUUUAUGUACACCGCUCUCUGAAGUUUUAAAACUGCCAUUUGUGUGUGUUUUACACAUGUGUAUAUAACCAAUUUCUUGAGCAGAAAUGCUUGAAAUCCUCAUUACACUUUAGAACUGAAAUGUAGUUUCUAAACUGUAUUCAUGCAUGUUCGACUGUGCAAAAAGCCAAAUAUAUUUUCCCCCAAAAAUGCUUUAAGCAGAAAAAUGUUUAUGCUAUUAAAGGUUUUGUUUAUAAUUUGAAAGAGAUAAUUCCAAAGUAAGAUAGAUUAUAUACGUCAUUCUCUUGCUGCUAUGAAGCUUUUCUUUUCUAGUCUUACACAAAGAUGCCUUAUUGUCAUUCACUUGUGUGCUGCUAUAUUAUGAAAUGUUGUAUAUGUAACAAGGCUUUUCUGUUGUAUAUGUACCGGAGGGAACGUAACACAGUUUGGUGCGGGACUGGAAGUACUUGUGUUUGCCGAUCUCUUUGAUUAGCAUGUUUUAUUCUUUUAUUGUUUCAUUUGUAUCUUUAUAUUCUAUCAUAUUCUUGCUGCUUCUUUGUAAUGUUUGUGUACCUCAGGUUAAUUUGGACAGAUAGAGCGAGAGCCCAUCUCACCAUUACCUCAUCACACUUGACAUCACACACACACACACAUCGACUUCACUCUUAAUUUUUUUGGACGGGUUUCACUUUGCUUCUGUCUGGACGAGAGGAAGUGUGGUACUUCUACUCUUCAAAAUGAGAAAUGUCAGCCGCCAGAUUUCACAGAGCAGUUCUAAGUGCCUACUUUAAAUUUCACGUAUCUGGUGCUAAGUCAAAAACAGCCUAUACUGUAUGUUAUACAUGUAUCGGAAAGACAAAAAAAAAAGUAAUUUUUUUUCCUGCUUGGAGGUUCAUUGACAUGUUUUGAUCAGUUCAUUGAAAUAAAGUGAAAUAUUGUUUAUUUUUGAGGUACCCAUUUAUUCAAAGUUCAAACCAUGAGAAUGUUUUAUCAUUGUUUAUUGUGGUUGUUACUUCAAACUCCUCUCCCACUGUCCCCAUGUGCAACCACAUAGUGUACCUCAACAAUUUGUCUUCAAUAAAUUGGCUAAAAUCAU